AUGACUAAUAGAGUUCGAAAAGUAUCAUCAGGCUCGCGUAUUCGUAGCCAACAAAAUACAUUAAAUAAUACUAAUAAAACUCGUUCUACAACACAUGUUGAACAUAGAAUAAAUCAUGAACGUUCAACAAAUGCAAUACGAGGAUCAAACAAAAGAAUAAAACGUUUAUCAUCAAUUAAUUCACAAAAACGAAAAAAAUCUAUAACAGUUAAUCGAUUAAAUAAUAAGAAAAAAAGUAGAAUAAUUAAUAAUAAUAAUAAUAAUAAUAAUCGACGACAACAAAUAGAACGUGAUCAACAAAAAAAAAAAACCUCAUUAAUAUCUACAACAACAUCAAAUAUAACCCGACCUGAUGAUGAAUUUCAUCGUGAAACAAAUGAAUAA